AUGCUCCUCCGGUCUGGAAUUGUAUUCACACCUCUUACAUCACCCUCUCUCUGCCUAUCCAAAACUCCCCCUCAAAGACUAACACUCCCCAUUAUUACUUCAUCCUACUCCGUUUCCGACGUCGUCCUCGAGUCCAAAGGCUUCACUCUCCACCGCAACACCACCGACGGCCUCAACCUCGACCACCUCAACUCAGUCUUCGUAGCUGUCGGUUUCCCGAGGCGGGAUCCCGAUAAGAUACGAGUGGCCCUCGAGCAUACAGACUCGCUUAUAUGGGUUCAGUAUAAUAAGACACAAAGGCCAGUGGCUUUUGCUAGAGCAACAGGGGAUGGUGUGUUCAAUGCUAUCAUAUGGGACGUAGUUGUUGAUCCUAUUUAUCAAGGGGUUGGGUUAGGGAAAGCUGUCAUGGAGAGGAUACUGGAUGAGUUGUUACAGAAAGGGAUUACCAACAUUGCGCUCUAUUCCGAGCCUCGAGUUCUUGGGUUUUAUAGGCCGUUGGGGUUCAUCUCCGAUCCUGAUGGGAUUAGAGGUAUGGUCUACUCUAGGAAACAGAACAAGAACAAGAAGAAAUUUUGAUCUUGUUUUGUUAUUAUCAACAUGAAUACUGUUGUAACUAAUUUUUUAAAAUUUAUUUUAUUACAUCGAACAUUUAUUCUAAAAA